AUGCCAAACAAUCAACCAAUUAUUAUUCAACCGGGCGCUUCAAAUAAGCUCUUAACGUUUAACAAUGAUUGGCAUCAAACACUUUUCGGUUCAUGUAAACCAUGUCCGCAAUCUGCGUUUGCAUAUUUUUGUACGCCAUGUUAUAUAGCUAAAUUACUCGAUCGUUCUGGUGAACAUUUUCUUACGAACUGUAUUAAUCCAUGUUCAUUGAUGGUAUUACGUACUAAAGUUCGAACUGCAUUUCAUAUUCGAGGUAGUUUAUUAGAAGAUUGCUACAAAACAAUGUGUUGUACAACUUCAUGUGCUGCUAUGCAAAUAGAAAAAGAACUCGACUAUCAAGGUAUUCCCAAUAAAAAUCCUCAUUAG